AUGGGAGCUGCAAAGGACUUUGUCGAGAAGGAGAUCAAGGCGCACGAUGUCCUGGUCUUCUCCAAGUCGUACUGCCCGUACUGCCGUAGCGCCAAGAACGUCCUUCACCAGUACACCGACGCGAUGAAGGUCUACGAGCUGGACGAGAUGGACGACGGCGCCGACAUCCAGGCGUACCUUGCCGAGAAGACUGGGCAGCGCACUGUCCCUUCCAUUUGGCUCAAGCAGCAGUUCAUCGGCGGCAACAGCGACCUCCAGGCGCUCUCGCCCGCCGAAAUCAAGAAGCGCAUCCAGGGCUAG